CCAGAUCACCUGCGUGCACUCGCUGGGGGUCAACGCACGCACCGAGCCGAAAAAGUCGCGGGUCGCCACCCCUAACUAAAUGAACCGUGCCCGGGAAAACAAAGCCCUUAGUUCCCGUUGCUAGCGUACACAACAGGAUGGUCUCCCCGCGGGCCCUCACAUGAGGAACCAUUGUCUGUCCAUUAGAGCCGCCAACCUGUCCAAACUGUCCCGGUUUACGGAACACUCCGCUAGCGACACGGCAAGGAGACAGGCGGGAGCUUUUGUCAGGUACUCGGUAAGCAGAGCAUAAUGUCGGGGUCGGCUGAGGCAAUGUACUGGCCCAUCAAGCCGGCGAAGUCUGCCAUGACCCGGCCCAGCAGCGCGCGGAGUGCCCGGGAGUGUAGUGCGGAAGCCCGGGGGAGACCGGCCAGCGCCCGCCCGGCCUCCGCACGGCCCAGCGUCAGGAGGGCCCCGCUAGGCAGUCUACAGGCCGGGAACUACAACACACAGCUGCAGAGACUCAGAGAGAAGUACAGACCGUUUAAGAACCAGCUGAUCAGCUUCACCCGUGCGCUGGACAGAGCCCGGGAACUGGUGCCUGACAUGGAGCGAUUGGAACCCGUCAGGACGAUAGGACAGGUUGUGGCCUACACAGACCAGCACACAGUCAGCGCCACAGACAGACGGAUCCUCACCAUCUUCCUCAACCUACACAGGGACAUGGAGGACUUCAGAGAAGCUGUACAUAACGGCCCGGUGUUCCGGGCCUGUUCCACCCCGGAGACGUCAGCCCGGAUGGAGCAGUGGCGGGGCAUGCUCAGUCCGAACUACGACUUCUCCAGUCUGAGGGUCGGCUUCCCUCAUCAGGAGCUCAACCAUCUCAGCUGUACAGAGGCACGGACUUACUAUGGCGGGCUGGUUAGUUUACUCCCUAUAGCGCUGGACCUGGCGACUGAUAUUGUGUACAGCCUGGAGAGGAUGAACGCCACGUUUGAGAAACGAGAGAUAGAGGCUCAGCUCCAGCGGAUGGCGGCGGAGAGGCAGCGGGCAGAAGAGGUGCCCACCGGGAGCAGCAAACGCAGCGUACGGAUCAAAAGCGCCCCCAUCAUCAGGGGCAACGACUCCAGUACUGCAGGCAGUGCCACCAGGCGCUUUGGUUCCAACGGGAUAUGGAGCGGGCCUGUUUCAAAACGACCAUGGAGGCCAUAAAAUAGGACUAUGCCGCCAUAGACGCUGUAAAAUUGCAAUCAAAAUUGCAGUGGAUUAUUGAACUGAUUUAUAAGAAGAGUUAAAAAAAGUUGUUAACCCCUUGCGGCCUUGCCCUAUUGAUGUAUUGAAAAUAAAUUAAUUACUACUACAGGUAAAUGUAUAAUGUAUUUGGAAACCUUGUCGCAGACUAAAUUGUAGUAUCUAAUAUUUUAGUUUUCCUGAAAAGAUGCAACAGUUGUAUACUGCGAAGAUAUUGUUGAAACAUUUAACUCAUGGGAAUACAUUCUAGAUUUGAGUUAUUAAUAUUACAUAUACAUGUACAAAAAUUAACAUAACCCUCAGUUGCUAAAAUGUGAUGCAAGUAUAACCCUUACAACUAAUUUACAGAUCUAAAAGACUUUUGACUGACAUUUCACAUUUUCCCCUUUAUUUGUAUACAGUCAUGCUAAUGUAUAUAAUGUAAAAAGCACUGCUAAGUACCCUGGUAAGGACUACAUGUUACAUGUAUAUGCUAGAUACAGAGCCAUAGCACACAUUUUAGACCAAUUAUAGGAAUGACAAUGUUAGAGAAAUAGCCAAAAACAUACAACUAAAAAUUGUGACUGUACUUUUGCACCAGUGUGAACUAAAAGUUAGUCUCCUACUUUUAACUUCAGCAUCAUAGGAUGCUAGAAGCACUAGUUGUUAGUUCAUUAGAGUGGAACCUAGUUCACACCUCAAGAACUAUCUUUUAUGUCAAGGAAGGAAAAAGAAGUAAUUUCAGUUGCUUGGACAAAGGAGACAGCCUUAACACGGCAAAUUUGGGUCAAGUGUUUUAAAGGCAUCCAAUGCGAUUUCAGGGCAGCAAAACUGGAAAUAUUCUGAAUAAGGCUAUCUUUUUCAUAUUGACACAUACUGCUUCACAUUAGCACAUUUAAGUCAGCAUUUUAUACUUCUGGCUUAAUCUGCAGAAACAAGCCCCGAGAUAAGUCCUUUAUUUCCUGAGUGGUACCCUUAAAAUAAGCCAAGAGCCCUUCUAGUAACCAUUUUCCAUCAGAAUUUUGGGAGUCUUUGCUACGUGAGGGUCAAUAUACUUUGGGAUAGUGUGGUUUCAACUCAGUAUGUAUAUAAAUGGCUAGAAUAUAUUGGCUUUGAAAAAUCCAGUUUCCAAGCCUUUAAAACUGCAAUGGAUGCCUUAAAAUGUCCAAUAGAAUAGCACACAUAUGAAACUGUCUUGUUUAGUGUAAUUCUUCUGUAUAUAGAUCUAUCUUACCAUGGGGCACUGUGCAAUAUGACACAUCCCCUGUAUCAGUUUUUGCCUAACAUUUUAGCUAGCAAAGCAUUGCAUGACUGUCAUAUGUAACAUUACAGACACCAGCUACAGUUUUGUAACUUGCAUCAAGUUCAACUUCAUGACCUUGGUAAAUAAAGAUAUACCCAGAACAAUCAUGAUGUUGAUAUUGUACCCUUUCUUUCAUUAUUUUAUCACCUGUCAUAUCUGUUAUAGCAAUACAUGAGAUAAUUCUGAGGGUCUGCAUGGGGGAUCCUGGCAGCUCCUAAUGGUAAAUUCAGGGGAGCUUCCUCAUUACCAUAAUUUAUGACAAGU